AUGACUGAACGUCCUGCUGCACCUGUCAAGCUCUCUCUGCCACUAAAAUAUCAGCAGGAUUUGUUCAACGAGCUCCGCAACGAAGAUGAGCUCGUCAUUCUCGCUCGAGGGCUGGGCCUCUUGCGGAUCGUGACCAAUCUACUACAUGCUUUUGAUGCAGCUGGUAACAAUCUGAUCAUAGUGGUUGGCGCCGAUGAGAGAGAAAAUGAAUGGAUUGGCGAAGCCCUUGCGGAGCACUAUGCGAUCAGCAAGUCUCCUCUGGCAAGAGGAUUGAAAGUGAUCAAUACAGAUAGAGCCACUGUUCCUAUGAGAGAGAAAACGUAUAAUCAAGGGGGUAUAUUAAGCGUGACCUCGCGCAUAUUGGUUGUUGAUUUACUGUCCAGUAAGCAAGCUGAGCCGUGGGUCAUUGCAACCGCUCUAGAAGCUUUCAUCGUACGAGUAUAUCGCCAAUUCAAUCGAAAUGGUUUCCUCAAAGCGUUCUCUGAUAGCCCCGAGCCCUUCACCACUGGAUUUGCGCCUUUGUCCAAUAUGUUACGAAAUCUUUUCUUGCGGAAGCCGUCGCUCUGGCCUCGAUUUCAUGUCACUGUCGCCGAAUCCCUCGAGGGUCGGCGCAAGGCAGAAGUGAUUGAACUGGAAGUCCCCAUGACUGACAAAAUGAGAGACAUUCAAAAUGCAGUUAUGGAAUGCGUCGAAACGAGUGUAUCGGAGCUAAAGAAGGCUAACAGCGGUCUCGACAUGGAAGAUUGGACGUUGGAUAGUGCUUUGCAUAAAAAUUUUGAUGUUGCGAUACGUCGACAAUUGGAUCCGAUAUGGCACCGUGUCAGUUUCAGGACUCGACAGAUUGCCAAUGAUUUGACGGUGCUGAGAGCUAUAUUACACUCUCUUCUUACAUAUGAUGCGGUUUCUCUAUUAAAGUACUUGGACACAGUCGUUGCAGCUCAUUCGGCCCCGCCAGGUUCAACGAGACAUAGCUUUUCACCUUGGCUCUUUUUGGAUGCAGCACAUGUCCUUUUCGAAACGGCAAAAUCUCGUGUGUACCGCGGAAAGAUAACUGGCGCCGAGACAUUAACAACUCCGAGCGCAUUUUCUGCUGCAUUACAACCUGUUUUGGAAGAGCAGCCCAAAUGGCAUGUGCUUGCGGAAAUACUUCAGGAGAUUGAACAAGACGCAUAUUUGAAUCCGACACAGCGCGGCGAUUCAAAUAGUACAAUUUUGAUUAUGUGUGGUGAUCAGCGCACAUGCAGACAACUUCGAGAUUUUCUAUCAUUAAUGCAUGACAGUCCCCUUGCUGGAACUGACGAGGAAGACGAGGCUCUAGAUGAGAAAAAAUCACCCGAAGAUAGUACGUCAGGAGAAAUACUGAUGCGAAGGAAAUUGAGGGAGUAUCUCAAUUGGAAACAGAAGUUUUCCCGGGUCAAGGAUAAUCUCUACGUGCCGAAACAGAAUUCAACUGAUGCAACAAAUCGUGGGCAGAGUUCUGCUUCAGUCCCAGGAAGGGCUCCUCCAAAUAAGCGUCGACGUAUGCGUGGUGGUGGUUCAAACUCUCUGGUCUCUGCUCGUGCUCCGAAUUCAAGUGUGCAAGGCCAAGAUGAAGCCCCUAUCCAAGUAUCCGAAUUACUAGAAGAUCUCCAACCCACUUCAGUGGAGGAAGUGCUGAAGGAAGACAACGUCAUCGAUAAUUUAGAAGAUAUGGAAGAUUACUACGAGCUGUAUGAUAUGAAUGACCUCGUGAUGAUUCACCCUUACGACGGCGAUAUGGAUGAGCGAAUUUUGGAAGAAGCUCGUCCACGAUACAUUAUCAUGUAUGAGCCAGACGCUGCAUUCAUUCGCCGAGUUGAGGUAUACCGCAGUUCGCACAGUGACCGUAACGUGCGAGUGUACUUUAUGUACUACGGUGGCUCGGUUGAGGAGCAGCGCUACCUGAGCGCAGUGCGACGGGAAAAAGAUGCUUUCACAAAGCUCAUUACAGAAAAGGGCGGUAUGGCUGUGACUCUUACACACGACAAAAGUCUCGAAGAUCCUGAGGAACAGUUUCUCAGAACAGUAAAUACUCGAAUCGCUGGAGGUGGACGAUUGGCUGCCACUGCAGCACCACCUACGGUCGUUGUGGAUGUUCGCGAAUUCAGAAGCGCGCUCCCUUCUCUACUACAUGGUCGGAGUAUGGUCGUUGUUCCUUGCCAACUGACAGUUGGAGACUACGUCUUGACGCCUGAUAUAUGUGUUGAGCGUAAGUCCGUACGUGAUUUGAUCAGCUCUCUGAAGAACGGUCGUCUCUACAACCAGGCCGAGACGAUGCUAAAACAUUACAAAAAUCCACUUCUUCUGAUUGAAUUCGACCAGAAUAAGUCAUUCACCUUUGACGCUUUUGCGUCCGCUUCUCUACCUAGCACGAACUUUCUUUCGGACUACGUCUUCACGUCAUCCGGUAAUCCUGCAUCAGCCGCAAGCAGUUCUCUCGUCAAUCCAUCCACCCCUAAAUCGGCACAACACAUGCUUGUCCUCUUAACACUUGCAUUCCCACGAUUAAAAAUCAUUUGGUCAUCGUCACCAUAUCAGACCGCCGAAAUCUUUGCAGAAUUAAAGAACAAAAACCCGGAACCUGACCCCAUAAAGGCGGUUCAAAUCGGUCUCAAUGUUGAUAUUGCCACAUCUUCGAGUCCAGGCGAUGUCAUGGCUGCGGCUGGUAUAGAGCAUCGUGUGUUCCAUCAACUUCCGCAGGAUAUGCUUCGUUCCGUACCUGGGGUUACGCCGGUUGUUCUCGAGCGAUUGAGUCUGGAGACGAACAGUAUACACGAGAUUGCGAACAUGAGCGUGGAAGAGCUCGAUCCGCUUGUUGGGAAAGAGACGGCGCGGAAGAUUGUUAAAUUCUUCAGGAAAAGUGUAUUUGAGGAUGAAACAGAAGUUUCAUGA